GCAAGUGAAAAAUACUGACAUCGGAGCCAUUGACAAGCUACACCAUGGGCAAGCAUCGAGGUCGCGGAUCGACCGCUAAGCGGCCUGCAGCGCCCAAAGGAGACGCGCUGGUGGUCGUGAACCCAUCCAUGCUACACUCUGCAGCUCGUACGACCCCGAAACCACAGCAGAACGGGAAAAAGAAGCAGCAGAACCAACCCAAGAAACGUAAGGCAAACAAAGACGGAUCUGAUGGACCUAAGACGACGCAGAAGAAGCGUAAGAAGACGCAGGAGGACAAGGCGAUUGUCAGCAAUGUGAAAGUGUCCAGUGCAGCUAAAUUGUCGCGCGAGGAGGGCGGUGGUGCGUCCUGUACCGUGCUCCGAGUCAAGAAAGACGUCGACUUGUUGGCUGGACUCUACUGGGUCUUGUUGUCCCGCAACACGCCGCGUCCCUGCGUGGUGGCAUUACCCAACCAUGAUGAGACGUCUCCCGCCCAAUUAGCUGCUAUGCUUAAGCAUCUCGGACUUCAAACAUUGGCGCUGCACCGCAAGAUGACGGCGGGACAGCGGAACGAAACAGUGCAGAGACUCAAGACUUCGGUAUCUGUAGCGUCUCCGCUGCACGCAAUGGUGCUGGUGACAACGGAGCAAUUGCUACCGAGUACAGCGAAUGCAAAGGCGGAUGUGGCGCUGGUUGGAGCUUUGAGCAGUGCUACAGUUGACGUGGCUACGUCGAAGUUCGCUCAUGUCCACCACAUAAUAUCUGCUGGACAAGAGCUGGAGAGCUCGAAUGCGUUUCGACCGGAGAUCACGACGCCGUGCUUGCAGCAAUUACAAGCGCGGUUGAAGCUGGCUCGACAGAUUGUGGAUAUUUCGCAGCGUGUUAGUAAGACAGGAGCUCAGGACGAUGAGAAAUGGGCACGGAAACUCGCGAAAGGAGCGGAUCUGGAUGAUGAAGACGACGGACACAAGAAGAAACGCGCGAUGACUCCGGAUGAACAGAGACUGCAGGCGUUAACGGAGAAACUCUACGUGGUGCUUACCCGUAAACUACCCGGUGCCAAAGCGCAUAACACCAGUAAUUCAACCACUGACCACCAGGAGACUGAUCGUCAGCACCGUCGCGAGAAGCUGGAAGUGCUGGGUCUGGUCACUGUGAACGCUGCUGUGGGAACAGCCAUGACCGACGAACGCACUUCCGCUCAGACUCGAUGGAUGGACUUUGCAGAGGGCAGAACACACGGAGGUCAAUGGGAAGGAGCUGUUCGUCAUGGAGCAUCGAAGGACGCGACGUCGCUUAUAGUCCGUAAGAAAUACUGUGCAGCUCGUGAUAAAGCCAGGAACUCGAGCUUCUUGAGCAAAUGGACGCCUAAUAAGGAGCCCGUGGACACUGAGAAGUGGGGUGGGGCGUUCGGUAAGGUCUGCGGACAUAACGAAGUGGUGAUGAAUGAGCUGCGAGCGUUUUAUCCCCAGGAAGUUUUAAACUCGAAAGUCUGCAGCAAACUCUUCCCAGCACCUGGUAAUCAGGGCUUUGACGGUUGUCUGGAGCAUUUGAGGUAUGCCUGCAUGACCCAAGUAACCAGUAUGACUGUCUGGGACGCCGAGUACUUCGUCUUCAUCUCAUCAAGCGGACGUGUUACUUGGUGCAAGAAGAAUCAACUGUUGUCGCUGUCCCUGGCGAGUCUGCAGUGUCUCGUUCCAGCGCUUCGCAGUUGGACUGCAGCCUGCGGUGGCCACAUGCCUGUUAACUCCGUUCUUCGCGCGAUCCAGCUCUGUUGUCAGCUCGGCAGUGGCGAUAAACGUCCGACGGAUAACAAACUGCCACCUAAGACACUCAAGCGCAUCAUGAGCUUCACGUUUGGCGGUUCAGCCAGACUUUGGCGUCAAAUCGCGAAGCUGUCGACGCUAGAAGAGGAAACUGUGUACGAUUCCCAGUAACUGGGAGAAUAGAGAGCAAUAGAAGAGACGAGAGAGCGACUUAUUUACUUACUUUCUGCUGGUUGCCGUCCAAACUCGCACGGAUAAAAAGGAAGGGAUCUAUAAUCGUG